AUGGCCGCCGUUCCAAAAGGCAUCAAGGCCGUCUUGGCCAAGGCGCCGAGCGACGUGGUCAUCGUCUCGUCGCUCCGCACACCCAUCUGCCGCGCAUACAAGGGCCAGCUGAAGGACGCCUACCCGGAGGAGCUGUUGUCGGUGGUGUUGCGCGCCACGCUCGACCGGACCCCGCAGCUCGACCCGGCGGCCGUCGAUGACGUGGCCGUGGGCGUCGUGCUCAGCGAGCUGGGCGGGUCCAAGGCGGCGCGCAUGGCCAUGAACCACGUUGGCUUCCCCUCGACCACGUCGCUGUACACGGCCAACCGGGCGUGCGCGUCAUCGCUGCAGAGCAUCGCCCUCGUGGCCAGCCAGAUCCGCACCGAAAUGAUCGACGUCGGCAUCGGCGCGGGCAUGGAGAGCAUGACGCGCAACUACGGCACGCGCGCCAUCCCCGUCGACGUCUGGCCCGCCCUUAAGGACUCGCCCGUCAAGGACGCCCGCGACUGCCUCAUGCCCAUGGGCCUGACCAGCGAGAACGUGGCGAGCCGGUACGGCGUGUCGCGCGCCGACCAGGACGCCUUUGCCGUGCAGUCGCACCUGCGGGCGGCGCACGCGAGGGACGCGGGGCACUUUGACGCCGAGACGGUCCCCGUCACAACCCGUUUCCAGGAGGUGGAUAAGCAAGGGAACCCCGUCGGGGCCGAGCAGACCGUCACCGUCACGCGCGACGACGGCAUCCGCGCCAACGCCUCGCUCGAGGGCCUCGCCAAGCUCAAGCCCGCGUUUACCCCCGAGGGGGCCAGCACGGCGGGCAACUCGAGCCAGGUCAGCGACGGCGCGGCGGCGACUUUGCUCAUGCGCCGCAGCACGGCGAUGCGGCUCGGGCUGACGGAGAGCAUCAUGGGCAAGUUUGUCGGCGCGAGCGUCGCGGGCUGCGCGCCGGACGAGAUGGGCAUCGGCCCCGCGCUGGCCAUUCCCAAGCUUCUUGAUCAGCUUGGUCUGGUCAACGAGGACGUCCACCGGUGGGAGAUCAACGAGGCGUUUGCGAGCCAGGCCAUCCACUGCCUCCGCGAGCUCGGGCUUGAAAAGGCUUGGCAGGACGGCAAGGUCAAUCCCGACGGCGGCGCCAUCGCCCUCGGACACCCGCUCGGCGCGACCGGGGCACGCAUGGUCAGCACUCUGAUGCACGGGCUGCCGAGGAGCGGGGGCGAAGUGGGCGUGGUGAGUAUGUGCAUUGGUACGGGCAUGGGUAUGGCCGGUGUGUUUGUGCGGGAGUAG